CUCAGGGGCCCAGCCGGAGGCACGCUGCAGCUCUUCCGCUGCGGCUCCGGGUGAGGAGGAAGCUGGAGGUAAGAGGUACAGUAACUCUGUGGCCUGAAGCCAAGACCCAAACCAGACCCCGCGUGGAGUAUACAAGAUGGCAGCAGGCUCACGAGAUGACAGCUGGGUGUUCACAGGGGAAUGAUGGAUGUUAACUGCCACAGAUGGCCACUGGAACCUACAUGUACCACGACCACCCGUUCCUCCCCAGCACUGCACAAAAGACUGUCUAGAUGUCUCAAGAGAGCUGCAACCUUCAAACUCACAGCUGAUAACAAUCAUCCACCCCCUGGGCAGAAAGAACAGCAAGCAGCCAUUCGUCCAGACAGCCUCCUGGCUUGGGCAGACAGCAAUCAACAGUCUGGACUCUGACCCUCUGGGCGGGGCAAAGCAACAAGCAGGCUUUAGCCCAAAGCCUUUGGGCGGGGCAGUUUAGCCACCUCUGCUAUAAACAUCAGUCAAGCAGCAAGCACAGAACAAACUCACCCCCAUUUAUCAGCUCCUCCACCUGGAGAACUUUGCAAAACCCCCGUUUGCUAGCCAAUGCUACACAGGAAACCUAGGCUUGUGCACUGCCCAGCAUCCAGUUGGUUCAGGAUUCUCUUUUGUACAGUGUUACUGUAUGGCUCUUCACCAGCUGCUCCACCUCAGAGCCCUGCUUGCUCAGGAGGGGUCAUUCCUCAUAUGGCCUUUGUUUUCCCUGUGGGAACUGCCAUGUCUGAAUAGACAUGCAGAAGCUCCUUGGCCAGCCACAGAAACCCACACCAAGGAUGUCGAGGAGGAGCUGGAGCCCAGCCUGGUGGAGCAAAAUGACAGGAAGCUGAUCUGGGAGGCUGUCGUCAGACCAGGCACGGAGAACAGCUGAGCCAGCGGGUGACUGCGGUGGGCAGCAUUCUGAAUAAAUUAUACGGCACCAUUCCAGAUGACUAGCAAUACUCAAACGUUAAAUCUGGGAGUACAAAUCCAGAGAAGAUGCGGAAGCUGUGUGAACUCGUCCUGAGCUGGAACAGGGACUGCAGACAAAAAACUGGCCGGUGUCCUGUGCUUCCCAGAACAGCAGUGCGUUAUUGAUCUAUAUAUAGAGGCGGGGAGGGGCCGUGGGUCAGUCGCGCUGCGGCUGAGCCCAUCCCAGCAGUCAGCUGCUCCAUCCGAUCUCUACACCUCAUCGCCCUCCAGCCGGACCCUGCUCCCCAAGCCGUCUCCUCCAAUCUCACCCGCCCCACCACCCAGCCAUGUCGAACUCCAAGCAGCGCCUGAUGCAGGGCAUGCACCAGGACCUGAGCUGCCCCAGCUGCCUGAAGCUGUUCAAGGCCCCGGUGACGGCUGAGUGCGGCCACACCUUCUGCCUGGAGUGCCUGUCCCAGGCCGCGGCCUGCCCCACCUGCCAGGCCCCCACCAAGGUGGAGCAGCUGCGCAUCAACCAGCAGAUGGAGCACCUGGUGCAGUGCUUCCGGCAGGUGCCCCACGACCACUGCGAGGAGCACAUGGACCCCCUGAGCGUCUACUGCGAGCAGGACCAGCAGGUCAUCUGCGGGGUGUGCGCCUCGCUGGGCAAGCACAAGGGCCACAACAUCAUCACGGCCGCCGAGGCCCACCAGAGGAUGAAGAAACAACUUCCCCAGCAGCAAAUUCAACUGCAGGAGGCACAAGUGCGUAAGGAGAAAACGAUCACUCUGCUGAACAGACAGAUAGCAGAGGUGGAGGACACAGUGGUGCGAUUCAAGCAGCAGGUGUCGGAGCAGCUGGGGGUGAUGCGCGCCUACCUGGUGACGCUGGAGGCCUCGCUGGGCCGGGAGGCAGAGCGGGUGCAGCAGCAGGCCACAGCCGUGCUGCGGGAUGAGCACAAGACCAUGGGCCACUACCUAGACCAGCUCAAGCAGAUGGAGGCCGUGCUGGGCGAGGUGCAGGAGGAGAGUCAGACCGAGUUCCUGAGGAAAUACUGCCUGGUGGCCAGCAGGCUGCAGAAGAUCCUGGGAGAGUCCCCUCCAGUUGCCCGGAUGGACAUCCAGCUGCCAAUCAUCACAGAUGACUUCAAGUUCCAGGUGUGGAGGAAGAUGUUCCGUGCACUGAUGCCAGCUCUGGAGAACCUGACCUUUGACCCGGACACGGCCCACCCCAACCUGGUGGUGUCGGAGGACGGCAAGCGGGUGGAGUGCGUGGAGCACAAGCAGCCAGUGAGCUCGGAUGACCCAGGCCGCUUCGACAAGUCCAACUGCGUGGUGAGCCGCCAGAGCUUCUCCAGCGGCGAGCACUACUGGGAGGUGACGGUGGGCGACAAGCCGCGCUGGGGGCUGGGCCUCAUCUCGGCCGAGGCAGGGCGAAAGGGUCGGCUCCAGGCUCUGCCCUCCAAUGGCUUCUGGCUGGUGGGCUGCAAGGAAGGCAAGAACUACGAGGCCCACGUGGAGCACAAGGAGCCGCGGCUGCUGCGGGUGGAGACCAAGCCCAGCCGGAUCGGGCUGUAUCUCAGCUUCGAGGACGGGAUGCUGGGGUUCUACGACGCCAGCGACGAGGACAACCUGGUGCAGCUCUUCGCCUUCCACACGCGCUUCACCACCACCGUCUACCCCUUCUUCGACGUCUGCUGGCACGACAAGGGCAAGAACAGCCAGCCGCUGGUCAUCUAUGAGCCAGAGCCGGAGGCCUCCUAACGGCUCCCUGCAGAGCCAGAGGUGCCGUAGCCAUGCCCAGCCUCGCCCCAAGGAGCCAGGAGUGCCAUAACCAUGUUGCCAAAGGCGCUGUAGCCACGCCCAGCCAUGCUCUAUGCUGCCAGAUGUGCCACAGCCAUGCCCAACCUUGACCCAAGAUGCCAGAGCGGAAGGUGCCACAACCAUAUCCCACGUCACCAGAAGAGCCAUGACCACGCCCAGCCGGCCCUACAUCACCAGCUGUGCCAUAACCUCACCUCACAUCAUCACGGCCAGACCCAACCAUGCCCACAUCACCAAAUGAGCCACAGGCACUCCCAACCAUGUCACCUGGGCUGGCGGUGCUGAAACCACGCCCAGCCACACCCCACAUCCCCAGAGAAGCCGUGCCCUGCCAUGCCUCGCUAUGCCUGACAUCACCAGACCAGGAGGUGCCUCAACCGUGGCCAACCUCACUGGAAGUUCCAUAACUAUGUUGUCAGACACUCUGUAACCACAGCUAACCACAUCCUACAUCAUCAGAAGCUCCGUACGAUGCUUUGUCAUGCUACCAUCAACAGAAGUGCCAUUAUCAUGGCCCUCCCAUCACCAGAGAUUCAUGCCCCCAUUACCAAAGGCAUCUCAAUCAUGCCCAAGCAUGUGUCCAUUACCAAAGACUCCCUGGCCAUGCCCACAUAGCUGGAAGUGCCAUAACCAUACCCCAUGCCAUCACAGAUCCUCCAGACAUUCGGAGCCCAUGGGGCCCAUCUCCAAGCUCCCUGGGACUGGCAGUGACCCGACGUGGUUCCAAGGCUCUGGGAUCUGUACAGCCGCUGCUGGGAUCUGAGCAUGUUCGCAUCCACCCAGAUAUGGUCUCCAAUAAAACAUGGUCAUGUCCACUCUG